CCACGCCUCAGCCUCCAUCCAAAGCCUGGGGAGGAGGUGCUGGAGAGCAGGGGGUACCCCAAGACCAGACAGUAUUCGUUGAAUAAGGGAGAAAGAAAAGGACAGGAAGCAAACAGAGAGCUAUAAAGACAGAGAAGGAAGCGGUGCGUCACGGGAGUUUGCGGCCCCAGACUGACGUUAGAAGCGCUGACUUCAAAUCUUGGGUCUGUUGUUGCCCAGCUGUGUGACCCCGGAUUGCCCCCGACCCUCUGAGUCUCAGCUUCGUGAAGUUUAAUGAGCGAACAAGAGUGUCUACCGCGUGGUGUUGGGAGAAUUAAGUGACUGCAAGAGGUAUUGGGCACGGCACCCGGCACAAUAAAUGACAACUAAGAAAAAUGAGUCAGGCCAAGCAGCGUGGCAGGGCCCCCCAAACCUGUAAACGUCAGAUUUGCUCUGUCUCAGGAUAUUUGGGAAACUCCUGCCUCCACGCCAGCUCCAUCUCCUGCGCAAAUUAAACAGUAACCAGCCAAGGUCAGGGAAAGGGCCUUGACAGAACAGGUUCCUCCCAAGGGGUGGCUCAGCCUUGACGAGGUGGGCCCACCCUCCUCCUGCCUAUAAGUGGGGACCUGGUCACCGCGACGGCCACUCGAUCCCGGGCACUCACGACAUGCUGGGCGUCAGCGUCUUCACCGUGCUCCUGGCCUACGCUUCCAGCUGCGGGGUCCCCAUCUUCCGGCCCAACCUAUCAGCCCGGGUGGUGGGCGGAGACAAUGCUGUUCCCCACAGCUGGCCCUGGCAGAUCUCCCUCCAGUACCUCAAGAAUGGCGUGUGGAGGCACACCUGCGGUGGCACCUUGAUCACCCCCAGUCACGUCCUCACAGCUGCCCACUGCAUCAGCAAUACCCUGACUUACCGCGUGGCCCUGGGGAAGAACAACCUGGAGGUGGAGAAUGAGGAAGGCUCCGUGUUCAUGGGCGUGGACACCAUCUUUGUCCACGAGAAGUGGAGCUCCUUCCUAAUUCGCAAUGACAUUGCCCUUAUCAAACUGGCGGAGCCCGUGGAACUGAGUGACACCAUCCAGCCAGCCUGCCUGCCAGAGGAGGGUUCCUUGCUGCCUCAGGACUACCCCUGCUACGUCACUGGCUGGGGCCGUCUCUGGACCAACGGCCCCAUCGCUGAUGAGCUGCAGCAGGGCCUGCAGCCCGUGGUGGAUCACGCCACAUGCUCCCAGAAAGACUGGUGGGGCAACAAUGUGAAGAACACCAUGGUCUGCGCCGGGGGUGAUGGUGUCAUCUCAGCCUGCAACGGGGACUCGGGCGGCCCACUGAACUGCCAGGCCAAGGACGGCUCUUGGGAGGUGCGGGGCAUCGUCAGCUUCGGCUCCGGGCUGAGCUGCAACACCCUCAAGAAGCCCACGGUCUUCACCCGCGUGUCCGCCUACAACAACUGGAUCAACGAGAAACUACAGCUGUGAUUCAUCCCUGGGAGCCAAGGCCGCAAAUCCCGGCAACCACAAUAAACCUCCUUUCCCCUCAAGCGACCUGUGUUCUUGAUUUGCGCGUCCCCUGCGGGUUCCCGGGCUCUCUAGGGGCUGCCUGUUUCCAUACCAGGGGUGCAAUGAGAGAUCCCCCUCAGCCAGCCUGGUUAGGCCUUGGAAGGAGCUGCUGGGGAUGCUGGUGGAGGGGGCACCCCCAGGAAGCCACCUGGUGCCUGAGGGAAUAUGAGUUAAGGACACACCAGACACCUGCCCCAUCCCCGCACAUCUCAUAAGCCGUGAACCACCGGGCCCUGAUCAGACCGCAAUGGCUUCCACACAUAGUCACAGCAGGUCAGAGGUGGGAAAGCUUGCACUGCACUAGACAGGCAGGGCAGCUCAGGCCCAGAGAAGGAAAGAGCUGGGCCAGAUCACAGGAGCAGACGUCCAGUCAUGCACAGGCAAGAGGCUCAGGGCAGGGCCCUCUGGUCCUGAGGCCGACUAGAGGGCAAGGGGUCCAGAAAAGAGAGGGACCCAGUGUCCAGUGAGGUACAUCCAAGCGGGACCCCCGACCCCUGACCAUAGGGUCUCUGGUCCAGGGCGCUCCUGGGGAUGUGCUGCUCUAUGGAGGGAGGUAUCCCCAACCCGGCCGCUGAAGUCCUCCUAGGAAAGCCAUCAACUAUGGCUGCCUCUGGUUGGUCCAUGAGUUGUCCAGUUUCCCCAUCAGACUUUGGUUCCUGGAGAUGGGGACCGUGGCCUCCCACGAUGUCCAGCUCAUUCUCAAAAAAUACUUUAUUUUCUCAACCAGCAAUGGGACCUACAAGGAGCCCAGCACCAGCUCAGCCGUAGGAAUCUAGGGAUGGUCCAGACAAGAUUCCUGCUCUGCAGGAGACAGACCCAUAAACAGAUCACUGAGUUCCCUGGUGUAAGUGUGAAGGUAGGAAUACAGUCCAGGAGCAUGGCGAAGGGACACUUAAACCAGUGAGAGUAGGCAGGAAGAGUCCAGGAUGGCUUCCUAGAGGUGGUGAUGCCCAGUGUAAUGUAUUCUUUACAUUUGAGCAGAAGGUACCAAAAUACAGAAGAUGCUGCUGGUUGCUUGACCCAAACUUCAUUCCCAGCCUCCUCCUUUUGUAGUUGUUUCUAUACUGGAGGCUAAAAAUGCUAAAUUCUUGCUGUCCCCAGGUCCCUUGCAGUUCUAAUAUCAAAGUGAUAGCUAACACUUACUGAACACUUACUCUGUGCCAGGCACCGUUCUACAGGUUUUACGUGUAUUACCUCACUUAAUCUCCAAAACAAUCCUAAGACGUAGGUUAUUAACAUCAUCCCCAUUUCACAAAUGAGAAAACUGAGGCUAGAGAUGGUUAGUGACUUCCCAAGGUGAUUUACCUGGGAGGUGAUGGAGCUGGGAUCCAGACUUUGUUAAUCUGGCCCCAGAGCCCAUGCUCUUGACCACCAUGCUCUACUGCCCAGUGAUGAAUAUGGAUAUGAUGCCUGGAACUAAGGCAGCCUUCUUGUGGCGAAGAGAAUUACAGAGACAUGAGCUCAGACAUCAUCGAGCUGCAGAUCUGAUGCCAGCAACCGUUCUCUGAAUGUCUAAUUAUGUAAAAACUAAAUAAACCUGCAUU